CCCCCCCCCCCCCCCCCAAAAAAAAACAAUUUCUAUACAUGUGAUUUUGCUCUCUGCAACUCCUCAAUUCCUCUUUGAUUUAGAAGCAAAUUAAAGAAGUCCAAUGUCUUCCCUAGAGUUGGAGGACAACCCUUUCUGGGCCGGUGUCAAUUCUGGAAGUUCUAGUGGCGCAAGUGAAGAGAAGCUGGGCAUGAUGAAUCAUCCGCAUGUUUCAAGCUCCAGUAGCCCUACUGCUACUACUACUUCUACUACAAUUCACCAGAAGAUGAAAAGUUCGUUCAAAAAUCAAAAAGCUGAUGGAGGUGGUGGUGGUGGUGGUGAGUUACACAUUUGGACGGAGAGAGAAAGGAGAAAGAAGAUGAGGGACAUGUUCUCUGUUCUUCAUUCUUUGCUCCCACAACUUGCCCCUAAGGCAGACAAGUCGACUAUAGUUGACGAAGCAGUAAAAUAUAUAAAGACCCUUGAACAAACACUCCAGACGUUACAAGAACAAAAGGCGAAUAAGAUACUGAUGAAUGAGCACGGAGCACCAUCAAUGCCAAAAUCACAAACAGCUCAUGAGGCAUUAACUCAACCAGGGGAAUCGAUUUUGGGUGAUCAUCACCAUCAGGUCGGUGGACCAAUAUCACAGGCAGACAACUUGUUUGCACCUAAUAGUAGCAGCAGCAGCUUCCGGACAUGGUUUUCGCCAAACGUAGUGGUCAACAUGUGCGGUGAUAGUGCUCAAAUUAGUGUCUGUUCACCUAGAAAGCCCGGCUUAUCUGCUACCAUCUUCUACAUACUAGAAAAGCACAAACUCCACGUUCUUUCUGCUCACAUUUCCUCCUAUCACCAUCGCUGCAUGUACAUGAUCCACGCCCAUGCAGGUGGAGCUGCUGAUCACUUUCCUGAGGCACUGUCGGUGGAGGAUAUAUUCAAAUUAGCUGCUGGUGAAAUGAACUUGUGGCUCUUAUCAUGUUGAUAUAUACAGCCAUAUAUUUGUAUAUAUGUACUCUAAAUAGCUAUUUCAGCUUUUUCUCACUUUGGUACAACCAGGUUUUCACUUAGUCUUAUCAUGUUGAUUUUAAUAUAUAUGCACAUUAGCAUUUGGUCUAAA